AUAAAUAAUUGGUUGAACAAUCGCUGUGCGUGUGUGUGCAAUUCGAUAGGCGCGAAUGAGACAACACUAGUGCAUCUGCGCAUAAAAGCAGUAUAGAUAGCAGCUUGUGUUUGGUACAAACUACACACACAGCAGCAUACGCUGCACGCACAGUAAAUAUAUGAAUUAUUAACAAAUUAUCCAAUUAAAUGGUAUGUUGUGAUUUGGCGAUUAAGAUACUGCAAUAAAUACGCCGAAAAGUGGAAAGCAAUUAGAUAAAAUAUAAUUACCAAUAGCGAUCUAAGAAUGUAGCGCAUGCCAUACGACGAGGGUUUCUGUAAAUGGAGGCUGCUGUUUUGUGUUUUGUUGUUGAGUUGAGCGUGUGUGAAGUGUGCAAUUGACUAGAAAUUGUUUUUUUUUUGUUGUUUUUUUAAAUGUGUCGCAAAGCCAAUAACAAAAACGGACAACAAAUCGAUUUCAGCUUGAAACACAUUCAACUUGCCACCACCAAGCAUACAACACGAGGCAAUAAUUGCAAUAAAGCGCCAGCGAAUAGUGGGAAAAACAAAAACGCAAACGCAAACGAAAACAGUGCAAACAGUUUUCCCCCCACUGCUGCUGCACGAGGAGACGCUGUCUCUAAAGCUUAACGGCGCUGCAGUAAAUACAGUUGGACUGAAGCUUUUUUUGCAAACGAAAAAAAACUUGAGCAUUUGACAGUAUUAACAACAACUACAACAAUAAUAAGAGGUGCAGGACAUUGAAGCAGCAGCAACGCAGAGACUAUUGAGAAACCUUGAAACGCAUUCAAACACAACACACACAUAAACUCACACUCACAUAUAGAUCUAUUGCGUGAGAGCGAAAGAGCAAGACGCUCACGUACACCCACACUACACACACACAAGCGUGCAGUACACGGACAAACACACAUACACACACACACACACAGGCAGCGGGAACAGCAGGCGAAGCCAUGAGUUCGCAAUAUUCGAACGUGGAGAAUCUGUCGCCACAGACGAUCAGACAGGUGAUGAAGGAGCUGCAGGAUAUGGAGACAACGCCACCCGAAGGCAUCAAGGUGCUGAUCAAUGAGAGCGAUGUCACCGAUAUCCAAGCACUAAUCGAUGGUCCAGCUGGCACUCCAUAUGCCGUUGGUGUGUUUCGCGUCAAGCUGACGCUGAGCAAAGAUUUCCCACAGACACCGCCGAAAGCGUAUUUCCUCACCAAGAUAUUCCAUCCGAAUGUGGCCGCCAAUGGCGAGAUUUGUGUGAACACAUUGAAAAAGGAUUGGAAACCCGAUUUGGGCAUUAAACACAUACUGCUUACGAUUAAAUGCCUGCUCAUUGUGCCCAAUCCGGAGUCGGCGCUUAACGAAGAAGCCGGCAAAAUGCUUCUCGAGCGUUAUGAUGAUUAUUCGCAGCGUGCGCGCAUGAUGACCGAGAUACAUGCCCAGCCGGCCAAAUGCGGAGCUGCUGCUGCUGCCAGCGAUGCCAAAGAUGAUGAUGGACCAUCGACGAAGAAACACGCUGGUCUUGACAAGAAACUGCAGGAUAAGAAAAAGGAGAAAUUGCUGAAGGAGAAGAAGCGUAUGCUCAAGAGAUUAUGAGAGGCAUAAGUCAAGACAGCAGAUCAGCCAGCCAGCCAGAGGGAGAGAGACAGCGAGAGAUACAGAGCGAGAGGGAGAAACAAGAGAAAUACUACAAUAAAAUGGAGCAGUAAAUUACAUAUUUGGCACAACAACAACAACUAAAAGAACAUCAACAGGAACAGCAAUGAACAGAUUCUACAUUAGAUAUACUAUAUGAAAAAUCAAAAGUGAGCCGUUAGAGAAACGAGAUCUGAAUCAGAGCAGGAGAGAGAGGUAGAAAGCGAGAGAGAGAGAGAGAUAGAGAUAGAGGAGUGUACAUGAAAGGAAGGAAUCAAAGGAAUGAUCGAAAUAGCGACCAAGCAAACCACUCCAAAGAAAAUGCAUCCAGUUAAAUAUACGAAACAAACGUAAAUAUAACAUAACAAUACUUAAGAAUGGAAAAUCGAAGCCGAAGCAAGAAAACUUCUCUGGUUGAAGUCUGUGCAACACUUCGGUGCGUCCCAGCGGAUAGAUCAGAUAUAACAGUUACGAUGAGAGACCGAUAUUAGAUUGUAGACGAAACGAAACUGAUGAGAAGAAGAUAAUGAUGAUCCUAUAUAUAUAUAAAUACGUAUAUAUAUAUAUAUAUAUAUAUAUAUAUGUAUAAUUUAGUGCUGCCCUAGCCCACGUCCUCGUCUCCAUCCUCCUCGCCUUCUUCAUGCCCAUUUUUCAAGAAUCGUAGCAUAAAUUAUAUGUGUAUUUGUAAUUAGUUUAAACAUUCAACUCACCCAUCUCCCAGUCAGUCCCCUAAGAAGAAAGCAUCACCAGCAUGUGUAGCGUUAUGCGUAUAGAUCAUAUUUAUUGUGAGCUUACAGUUUUAUUAUUUCUUUUAAUUGUUCUCUUUGACAUUCGUGCGUUUCAAUUAAAAACAAAGAUUCUACUUAAACUAAGAACACAACAAAAACAAAACAAAAAAACGGAGGGAGAAGAAGCAAAGCAAAUAAUAUUUAUUGAGAAAUUGAAAGAAAUCGAAGAUCCUUGAACAUGUGAUUGAUUAUUAUAAUCCUAUCGUUAUAUCAACAACUACCAAAUUCAUAUUGUGAAAUAUACGAGACGAUUUUCAAAUUAUAAUCACGUUUCCGGGAACUUCGCACAACAAAAUGUAGUAUCAUAUUUUGGUUAGACAUUUAGGUUAUAAUAAAAAAUACAAAAUACAAAAACAAAAAAAAAA